GAUUCUAUGACCUUCAAUCGAAGGGGACCGCAAGCAAAGCAUGGCUCGCGCUUGGGAGCGCGUCUCGGGAUUCUUCUCCCAACUCUCUUGUUCUCUCCCCUCCUCGCUUCUCCCCAGCUCUUCUCCCCACUCUCCUCAGAAGUGCGGUCGGUGAGGGUGACGUAGUAGGGGAUGGGAGCUGAGGAGUAGAAAGAGAUAAGAUAAAAAUGUCUGGAGGGAGGAUUAAAGAGAGACCAAUAAUUUGACACAAUUCAUGAAAAACAAUGACAGAGUUUGUGUAUAAAGCAUAGCUACAUAGAGAAAUUCAUACACUAAAGUUUAC